AUGGCCGACUUGCUGGUGGACAUGGACUACGCCAUAAUGACCAUCAACUCGCAGAUAGUGUACAAGCCGACCAGCCAGCGCGAUGACCCAGAGCCCGACAACGAUCGCGAGGUGUACGUGGGAAACUUGCCGCAGCACUACACCAUUGAGAAGUUCGUCAACUUUGCCAAAAAGUGUGGUUCAAUUUACAGUGUGCGACUACUGAAAGGUAGUGGAGGUUUAAAUAAAGGUUUUGGCUAUAUAAUGUAUAGAAGUUUAGCUGCAGUUGACAUUGCUAUUGACACGUACAACGGAACAUUCCUGCCAGAAAGUGAUACUAAUAAGCCACUGAUUGAAAUUAACUAUUUUGUGAUCAAUCAUCCAUCACUGUUACUGAAGUUUGAAUGUGAAGAUGAUUCAAAGUUAUUCAUAUCUUUUAAAUCAUUAAAGUAA